GGGGGUGGCCUUCCCCUUUAAGGCUGGGGAGGCCGCGCCGGGCCCUGGGUUUCCCGCAGCCGCAGAGUCUGUUUGGAGCUGGAUGGAGCUGGUUCUGAAGAGAAAUGACAGACCAGGAGAACAACAAUAACAUCUCCAACAACCCCUUCGCAGCUCUCUUCAGCUCUCUGGCCGAUGCCAAGCAGUUCGCUUCUGUUCAGCGUCAGCACUUCGUCCAGAGAGAGGACGACGAUGAGAAUCAGGACUCGGGCAGCAGUGUGUCCGGGAGCUAUGACAAUGAGGACUCAUUUGCCGAGGUGGACCGGGCUUUCCGCUCGCAGAAGGAGAUCUUUGAGCAGCUCAACAUCAACCACAUGCUGCAGCGCAUCUUCCUCAUCACUCUGGACAACAGUGAGCCCAGCCCGAAGGACGAGAAUGGAAUCCCACAGCGUUGUGUCUUCCUGGGGGAAAUGGCGUCUGAUCUGGACGGACAGGACUGGCUGGACAUGAGAAAUGUGGAGCAGGCUCUGUUCAAUCGGAUGUUGCUCGAGAACCCUGAGUCCCAUCUGAUCUCCAUGACGACAGCGAACGCCCUCAACCUCUCCGCGGACCGUGACGCGGGCGAGAGGGACAUCGUCAAGUAUCUCUUCGAUUGCUUUCGGAGAGCGAAGGAAGAGAUCACGAAGGUUCCUGAGCUGCUGCUGCCGUUCGCGGUGAAGUGUAAGGAGCUGACGGUGAUCAACGCUCACACAGCCCUCCUCACCCCAGAGAUCUACAUCAACCAGAACAUCUGCGCCGAGCUCCUGGACCUGAUGCUUGGGAUUAAUGGGCCAAACUUUGAGGAGGUGGCGGAGUUCGUCGACGAUGUGGUAAAUGCCUUAAAGGUGGACGAGGAGGUGAGGACCCUGAACGAAGUGAUGUUUCCAUUGCUGGAGAUGUUAAUGGAGCGCGUACGGGAGAUGGAACUUUGCCAGGUCCUGUUGUACAACUACCUGGAUAUCCUCCUGUUCAUCACGCGGCAGCCCACACUGGCACAGGUUUUCCUAGACUUCAUUCAACCCCAGGACCUCAGUAACGGGAAUCUGUACCAGAAAACGUUGCUGGGAAGCAUCCUGAACAUCUCCUGCCUCCUGAAAACCCCGGGAUUAGUGGAGAACCAUUCCUACUUUCUGAAUCCCUCUCGCACCAGUCCUCAGGAGAUCAAGGUUCAGGAAGCUAGCAUUCACCAGUUCAUGGCUCAAUAUCACGACAAGAUCCAUCAGAUCCUCCGUAACUUGAUCCAGCUCUCACCGGGCACCAAACACCGGCUGUUGUCCUGGCUCGGUCACUGUCUGUUCGCCAACGCCGGCCGCACCAAGAUCUGGGCCAAUCAGAUGCCCGAACUCUUCCUCCAAAUGUACGCCUCGGAUACCUUCUUCGUGAACCUCGGCGCCGCCCUCCUAAAGCUGUGCCAACCCUUCUGCCGGCCUCACUCUCUCAAGCUGCUCACCUUCAACCCAACCUAUUGCGCCCUCAAGGAGCUGAACGAGGAGGAACGUAGAACUAGGAACGUUCACAUCAAAGGUUUGGACAAGGAGACGGCUCUGAUGUCACUGCCCCCGGACUUCGAGCCCACAUUUGCCGAAACCUACAACUUAGUGACGGAGAAUUUAAUCCUGACACAGUACACUUUACACCUGGGCUUCCACAGGCUACACGACCAGAUGGUGAAGAUGAACCAGAACCUGCACCGGCUGCAGAUGGCGUGGCGAGACGCCCAGCAAUCUUCCAGCGCCGCGGCGGAGGGCCUGAGGGAGCAGUUUGAGCGGCUGAUGACCAUCUAUCUGUCCACCAAAGCCGCUGCCACCGAACCCCAGAUGCUGCAGAACUGCGUGAACCUACAGGUCUCCACAGCCACCAUCCUGGUGCAGUUUGCCCUGGGCAGCCAUGGCACCGGCUACCUGCCCGUGGCCUUCCCUCUGCCCCCCCUGGAAUACUGUCCCCUGGCACAUGUCCCAGAGUUCUUUGCCGACAACCUGGGCGACUUUUUCAUCUUCCUGCGGCGCUUUGCGGAUGAGGUGUUAGAAACGGCAGGCGAUUCGCUGGAGCACAUCCUGCACUUUGUCACCGUCUUCAUGGGCAACGUGGAGAGGAUGAAGAACCCUCACCUGCGGGCGAAGUUGGCUGAGGUGCUGGAGGCAGUGAUGCCUCACCUGGAGCCGACACAAAACUCGCUGACCUCCAGCCUGUUCCACCGCGAGCGCGUCUUCUGCUCCUACCAGCACGCACCGCACCUGGCCCAGGCUCUCAUCGAGGUCUUUGUGGACAUCGAAUUCACAGGCGACCCUCACCAGUUUGAGCAGAAGUUUAACUACAGGCGGCCGAUGUACCCCAUCCUGCGGUACAUGUGGGGCCUGGAGAACUACAGGCAGAGCAUUAAGAACUUGGCUGACUACGCCUGUGACAACCUGGAGGCCAUGAACCCUCCACUCUUCCUUCGCUUCCUCAACCUACUCAUCAAUGACGCCAUUUUCCUGCUGGAUGAAGCUAUCCAGUACUUGAGCAAGAUUAAAAUCCAGCAAAUCGAGCGGGACAGAGGGGAGUGGGACGGGCUGGCCCCAGAGGCUCGCAGGGAGAAGGAUACCAGCCUCCAGCUGUUCGGGCAGCUGGCGCGUUUCCACAACAUCAUGUCCAACGAGACCAUCGGCACCCUGACGUUCCUCAGCUCAGAAAUCAAGACCCUGUUUGUGGCACCGGUGCUGUCCGAGAGGAUCAUCUCUAUGUUAAACUACUUCCUUCAGCACCUGGUGGGGCCCAAAAUGGGAGCCCUGAAAGUUAAGGACUUCAGCGAGUUCGACUUCAAACCACAACAGCUGGUCUCAGACAUUUGCACCAUCUACCUGAACCUGGGCGAGCGGGACAGUUUCUGUGCCACGGUGCCCAAGGACGGACGUUCCUACUCGCCCACCCUCUUUGCUCAGACCGUACGUGUCUUGAAGAAGAUCAACAAACCGGGAGACAUGAUCGUGGCCUUCAGCGACUUGGCCGAGAAAGUGAAAUCUUUUGCAGACCGGCAGCAGCAGGAAGAGGAGACGUAUGUAGACGCCCCAGAUGAGUUUCUGGACCCCAUCAUGAGCACCGUGAUGAUGGACCCUGUGAUGCUUCCCUCCUCCCGGGUCACUGUGGACAGAUCCACCAUAGCCAGACAUCUGCUCAGUGACCAAACGGACCCCUUUAACCGCAGCCCACUGACGAUGGAUCAGAUCAAACCCAACGCUGAGCUGCGGGAGAAGAUCCAGCAAUGGCUCGGCGAGCGACAGCGACACAUGGAUCAUUCUGCGGAAAUGUCCGAGUGAAAAAAAAAAUACCAACCAACCAACCAACUCACCCACCAAACACACCCCCACC